AUGAGGGACGAUAAAUUACGUACCGUCGGCAGUUUUGUGGUUGCAGGGUCGCCAAUAACACACCUAAUCGCCGGUAAACGCCUCGAAAUCGCCAGUAUAAAAACCCCGGUGGUGCUCCUGUCAAUCAUAGGUGGUAAUCUGCUGGUGAACGACCUUAAGCUUUCCAAAGGGUCGAAGUGGAGUCGUAAUCGCCAGAGAAGAGAAGUGGGAGUGAUAGUGAGAAAGCACAAUGUCGACAGAUGGAUGAAAUUGACUUAA